AUGGACAGACUGUUUGACAAAUUCCCGCACUCCGACAAGAAAAGACAGUACGAGUUUCUGGAAACGCUUGGAGCAGGCUCGUUUGGCACUGUGCGAAGAGCAGUGGUGAAGAAAACAGGAAAGCCCGUGGCCGUCAAGAUCAUUCUCAAGUCUCGGCUCAAGGGCCAUCUGGACGCCGUUCUGCGCGAAAUCAAAGUUCUCGAGACUAUCCAGCACGACCACAUCGUCCGGUUGUUGGACUGGUUCGAAACAAAGCACAAUUUCUACAUCGUGACCCAGCUGGCUACUGGAGGCGAGUUGUUCGACAGGCUUAUCAAGAAGACCUCCUUCACAGAGUCCGACGCCUGCAACAUCGUUUACCAGCUGCUCACAGCCAUUGAUUACUUGCACAGCCACGGCAUUGUCCACAGAGACAUCAAGCCAGAAAACGUGCUAUAUCUCACGCCGGACGACCAAUCGCCCGUGGUGCUUGCGGACUUUGGUGUCUCGAGACAGCUGGAAGAGGAGGCCACGGAGAAAAUCACCGGCGUGGCAGGCUCGUACGGCUACAUUGCUCCCGAGAUCUACGCAUCCGAGGGCUACGGCGAGCUGUAUGGGCUGGGAAAAGGCGGCUACACCAGGUCCUGCGAUAUAUGGUCUUUGGGUAUCGUUACGUUCAUUCUGAUAGGUGGCUACUCGCCGAUCCGGGCCGAGACGCCAGAGGAGUUCCUCGACGAGGUGCGCAGCAACAAUUUCGUGGUUUUCCACCACAAGUAUUGGCAGCAUAUUUCCGACAACGCAAAAGAUUUCAUUCUCAAGAGUCUGGACAUCGACAACCGUCGCAGGCCUUCCGCGGCCCAGCUUUUGCAACAUCCGUGGAUUCUCUCGCACCUGGCCAAGCAGAAGCCCGAAAACGAGGCCAACAUCAUCGGAAACAUCCGCGAGGGCUUCAAUGCUCAAGACAAGCUGCGCAAGGCAUUCCGACUUGUGCUUAUCCGCAACAAGCUCCAGAAACUGCACGAGCUGCGCGAGGCGACCGACUCGAGUUUCGAGGAAGGAGAGGAGGAUUUCAUUUUCCAUGGCAACUCGACCGACUCGCAGCUAAUGGAGAACUUCGACAAGAUGAACAUCAAGAAACAGCAGCCUGACCCGCAGAAAAUCAAGAGCGAGACACUGCAGGCCACGUUCCACAACAUUGUCAAGGCAGCGCAGAUCAGCAAGGACGAGAUCCGCAGAUACCAGGAGGAACAGGGAUAG